UAAGGCAACGGCGGCUGAAGAAGUGGCUUGUAAAUUAGCUAGCGUGUUUGGUGCCAUCGCCUUGGGGAAGUGGACACGCUAUCGCGACAUGUGCAACCCCUUGCGCCAACACGACCGGAGAUACUUGAGAAGAGAAGGACCAAUUGGGAGCGUCUUUUGUAUCGAGGAGCUUCAUGAUCAUACGGCAGAGCACAGGCUGGGACACAGCAACGGCCACGGAACCAAGCGCGCAUUCGAGAAAUGGAAGGUGAUCCCGCCGUCGAGCCAGAACUCGAUGGCUUCAGUCGCGUGCUACCCCUGCCGUAUCGCGUCGCUCUCAUAAUAGUCUUAGGCAUAUGGGCUUGGGGUCUAAACCUCCACUACCUCACCCUUAUAAAGAUAGACGUCCCAAGUCUGAUUCGCUACCCGGGCCGUACCUCACCCCGCCAUAUUCCGCACCACCUCUCCUGCUACCGCAUCGCAACCUUCCUCUCCAUCCCGCUCGCGCUCUCGCUGCUCCUAUUCUGGACCCUCACACAUGGCAGCCCCACAGACAUUGCCGCUUGGGAGAUUCUGCCAAACCUAUACCUCUUGGUGCUGGUCAUUGGCUUCGUCAUACCACUGCCAUUUGUUAGUCGCAAUGGACGGACUCGUACGUUGGCGACGCUGAAGCGCAUAUCCAUUGGCGGCAUCGCAGAAGCCCAAGAUGGAAAGUUUGGAGACAUUCUGCUCGCCGAUGCGUUGACGAGUUAUGCGAAGGUGCUGGGCGAUCUAUUUGUUUCCCUGUGCAUGUUUUUCUCAUCUUCGCACAGCUCAACAGGGCCUCCAAACAGGAGUUGCGGCGGCGUGUUCUGGGUUCCCUUCAUCAUUGCUAUUCCCUCGAUGAUCCGAUUGCGGCAGUGUAUCACAGAAUACUAUCGUGUUCAGAAGGCGAGCAAGCAAACUGGGCAGGUUAGUCCAGCGACAGGAUGGGGUGGUCAGCAUCUGGCCAACGCACUGAAAUACUCGACCGCAUUCCCUGUCAUCAUACUGAGUGCUCUGCAACGCUCGCCUGAUCCUUCACGCUUUGGCGUUUCGGAAGCGACGUUGUUCCGUAUGUGGCUCGUCGCAGUGGUGCUAAACUCUGGGUACUCGUUCUACUGGGACGUAGCCAAGGAUUGGGAUCUUACUCUCUUCUCUAAUGCCCGUACUCGGGAUAGCCCAGAAUACCCACGGGGUCUCAGACGGCAUCGCUGGUUUCAUGCCAAAGAAUUCUACUACGCAGCGAUUGCAGUGGACGCAAUGCUGAGGUGUACAUGGAGUCUGAAACUCAGUGUGCAUCUGGAUCAUUUCAACGAUUUGGAAGGAGGCAUCUUUACAAUGGAGGUUCUCGAGGUGUUGCGAAGAUGGAUAUGGAUCUUCUUCCGCGUAGAGACAGAGUGGGUGAGGAAUCAUAGGGGCCCGGCGCCUGAUGACAUAUUACUAGGUGAUGUUGGGGUUGGAAAUAAAUACGACGAUAGCGAUUAGGCUUCGUUGUUCAUCAAAGAUCUAGAUCGACUGCAAGCAUUGAAUGCACCUUUAUCUUCCCUUUAAAAUUUCAUGGAUUUCUGCG